AAGGAUUAUAUUAAUCAUUAUCAAUAAUGCAUCCCUUGGGAGGUUGUAUACCAGAAAAACAAUAUAUAAAUUAUUCAGAAAAACAAAUAAAAACUACUCUGAAAAUUUAUUAUUCCAAAAAUGAAACCAUCUGUUGUAAAAAUUAAGAUCAUACCAGCAAGAAUAAGUCUUCCUGUAAGAAAAUGAUUUAAAUCAAGUCAUACUAGUGAUUUAAAUCAAGCCUUACUGACUAGUGAUUUAAAUUGUGAUUUAAAUCAAUUUGAUUUAAAUCAAAUCCACCCUGGGUGUAAUUAUAUCCCCUUCUGCUAGGAGGGGCAACAUUUUAUUUCUUUAAAAGGCCCAAUGGCAAAUAAUAAACACACACACACACACACACACACACACACCUACACCUACACCUACACACCUACCUUCUGCCCUGGUGUGCAUCAACCAGAAGGGCUUAGGAAGUGGCAGGUUCUCUACCACAGAAGCUCCUCACUAUCACCUUAGGAUUGCACUGUUUUGCAAUAGUUACCCUGACAAUUUAUCUCCCUGUCAUUCAUCCCCUCAAUGUCAUAGUGUAGAUAUUGAUUUUCUGCUUCUUGUUGGUUGUGGUUGUUUUCAUUUUAGCAAUGCCAUAUAAUGUCUCUGCUCCUCUGUAACACUGCACAUGUUGGCUUUCUGUUCCAGAACUUUCUUCUGUAGGACUCUUAUUGACAUCCUCCAUCCCUAGCUCUCCUCAUCAUGGAAACCAUUUCUCAAAUUCUGCAGGAUGUGCGUGAUUACUGGGCUGACCAUUUUUCUCAAAGAUUUCUACCCAGGCGGCCAACACUUCGCCAAACAACCUCUUUGUCCACUUACUAUCUGUUGGACUACAAAACCCGGCAAGCUGAACUAGGGAUGGAUUAUGGCCCUCCAAGUACACAGCUGAACAAAGCCAAGUUUGUCUUCCAGGGGGGUGCGUGGCAGGGUGAUGGUGUCCCUCCGCAGAUGCCCUUACUACAGUUAUAUUCCUCCUCCUCUCAUCAUGAUAAGGAAUCACCCAACAAGGCCCUGAAGAAAGCAAACAAAGCUCUACUGGAAGAGAACAAUUACUUGAAGCUGCAGCUUGAGCUGCUAAUGGACAUGCUGACAGAGACCACAGCACGACUACACUCAGUAGAGAAAAAGCUGGACAUGACUUCAUGGCACCCAAAGAUUAAGAAGCCAAGCAAGGUGCUGAUGCUCCGGUCUUAAUAAACAUCUUGGACCCAAGACCAGAGAGAAUUGUAUUUCUGAAGAAGUUUGCCUUCCCAUGUCCAGACAUUAAAUAAAAUCUUGAAGAAAAUGAUUUCGCUUGAUGGAUCAAUAUUUUUUUUAUUGCUCCAUUCCCUGUAAUAGCACAUGGUUUUUAUAUUUUGAUCUAAGGAUCAUAACUGAAACAAGCAAUAUCCUCGAUAGAGCCUGCCUCUUAAAAGCCAACUUACAUCUGUGAUUCAAAGUAUCCUAGCCCAUUAUAUGUUAUCCCAACUGACAGGCUAUAUUUCAUGGCUAUCACUGAAAUAAUUCUACUGCUGAAUUAUAAUAUUCUCUUCCAUCCAUCUCACACUUCAUUUCUAUGUACUGCAGUGUGUAAUCACAGAAGUCCAGAGCUAUCAGAAACAAUACAUGAACUGCAUUAUAAUGAACUGCAUGAUACUGUUUUUGACUGAUUACUUGGAUGAGAUAGAAUUGCUUGCAAAACUCCUUGAGCUGCUGGAAGACAAUGCUACACCAAUUUGGGCAGAGUGGGAGGAGAGAGAAACCACACUGUCAUUUCUCCAGUGCAAAGGGAGAAAUAAUGUGGGGCUUGGAGCAUGGUAGGGAAUAAAUGGAAGCUAGCUGGAAUCUUAUGCUUACUUGUGGCUGGUGUUCAAGAAUGAAAUGUUACACAUGCAAAAGAGGCAAUGUAAUUUAAAUUGUCUGAAUGGAGAGCCACAUACAACUAAAUCUAACCUUUACCCUCCGUUUCCACCCCCACCAACACCAGAGGACAGGACUCCUAGUAAUUCGGUGGUCAGUUACAGCACAGCAGCAUGGAUCCAGCAGGGGAACAUCUUAAUGUAUCAAAAUGUGCAGUGUGGGUAGAGAACUGGGAGUAAGAAGUGGGAACGAUUUUUGGCUGGGCCUUUUGCAAAAAGGUAGCUUGCACAACUAACAAGCACACAUAAACAUGAUAAUCAUGAUAAUCGUGGGAAUAGCCGGGGGGGGGCUGCCCUCCAAGUCAAGUAAAUCAAUAAAAAAACUUAACUGAGGUUCUAACAUGAAGCCUCAACCCCCCCAACAUAAAUCCUGGCUACAUCAAUGAUGAUAGGCAGAUAGCACCCUAACCUAAAACACUUACUUGUCAGCAACAAUAAAUCACAGAGCAGGCACACAAACACUGGACCAGUAUCUACUUAGGCAACACUAUUACAAAACACCAUGUCAGUCACAACAUCAAGGGUUCAAUCAUCUGCUCACCUUCCAAUGUGAUAUCGGUCAGCAAUGCCUUUCUGCAUUCUCUAUGGAACGAACAGGCCGGUAUUGAAGUAAAAUAAAUUAUUACAGAUCAGAAAGGGUGGUCUUUGGUGGGGGGGAGAGCAUUUCAGCAUCUGUGGAUAUUCUGAGUUUAAAUGGGCCAUUCUUGAACAGAAGAAUUUCAGAGGGAGUGUGAAACAGCAGGACUACAAUUUCUUAAUAAAUCCUAAUGCCUGUAGCCUGAAUCAAGAUAAUAGUUUUUCCCCCCACUACAUGUGUUAAUUAGUUCAGUGCCGGAAUGUCCAUGUUACCAUUAAUGCUGCUUUGAACAACUUGGUCAUGCCUCCAUGACCUUCUAGCAGCUCCACCAAGUCCAGUGGGCACCAGCCACCACUGACUAGGGGCCUCAAAAACUGAAAGUUACCACAGCACGUGUGGUAAACCCAGUAGUUGGCCUGCUCCAUUUCUAAACCUCAUAACAUUCCAUAUAAAGGCAGGCAGAUACAGCUGUUGAGUUGGCCCAGGAGAAAAGAACGUGCUGUCAAAUCCACUUUUCUGGGCAGAAUUGCUACAGAAGAAACUUUCACAAAUAUAUAAAUCCAAAUCUAAUCAGUAACACUAUAGUGCAUGUCAAUAUUUUAUUAUAAUUUACUCAAAAGCUCUUCCCCCACUUUGGUCUUUGUGACAACCGCUUCUUUUUUUUAACCUUCAUCCCUGGGGUUAUACAACAUUUCACUGGAAACGUUCUUACUUGGAAAAUUAUAUGUUGAUACUUUAAACUUAUCUUUUGCUGACUUGGCUCCGAGCAGCGGCUUCUGCCUCUUUGCCAUUUCAGAUAAGUAGCAGCUCUUAUCAAAUCAUCUGCAGCUGUUUUAAAUGGUAUUAGGGUUGCUCUUUGCAAUGAACGGAAUGGGCAUAUGGCAAAGUUGCUGAAAGCCAGAAGGUGAAGCUAGAAGGACAGUGCCAGUUCCCUCAAUAUUCAAGGCUGUAUUUCAGAUAUAUUUUCCAAUCUGUGGUUCUGUUACUGUACUUCAGAAACUGGUAACAUCCCCCCCCAUACUGGUACAGUAUACAACAUUCAAUAUGCUUUGUUUUAUAUUUUCUUCAUUAUUUCUAGUGCAUUGCAUACCUUGUUGAUACAAAUGGAUAAACAGAUUGUUGCAGUUUAUUUAGAAGAAAAACUGGCAAAAGAUAUGUAGAAAUCCAGUUUAUCUUUCAACUAAUCAGACAACUUCUAAUAUAAUUCACCACUGUAUGCCAUUAGUCCCUUUGGAUAUUUUUUAAAAAGAAAACUAGUGGGGAUUAUCCAGCCAAAAUUAAGCACUCUUUAGGUUGGAAGUAAGUCUAAUUGAAGUCUAAUUAUUCAGCCUUAUGUGCAGGCAAAUCAACAGCUAGAAGUAUGCAUCAUAAGCAGGGAGUUCCAGAAUGUAGGAGCUGUCAUGCUAAUGGAACCAAUAUUUUAGCCUACUUCACUUUGCUAGAAUAUUCAGCUUGAUAAAAAGUUCUGGAGACUCAAAAACUUUUGUUACAUUUUGGUUCAUCAUAAUACUUAAAAAUAACCCCUAGCUACGAAAGCAAAUGUAUAUUACCAGUACCUCUCCCCCUCCUUAGUUGAUUUAGUGGGUUUUUUCUUUAAUAAAAUGUUUUUUAUGUGGCUCACAGAAAAUUGGUAAAUUGCACCAUAGGAGUCAUCAUCAUCAUCAUCAUCUCUGCUGUUAAAUAAGCUUUGUUUCUGCACAUCUCCACUGCCCUAUAUACAGCUCUUUGCCCUAUAUAGCAGUUUAAUUAGAGACUCACACUUCACGUGAGGGAUACUAAGAAGCAAAGUAGAACUCAUACUAGACCAGGCUUCCUCAACCUUGGCCCUCCAGAUGUUUUUGGCCUACAACUCCCAUGAUCCCUAGUUAGCAGGACCAGUGGUCAGGGAUGAUGGGAAUUGUAGUCUCAAAACAUCUGGAGGGCCGAGGUUGAGGAAGCCUGUACUAGACUAAUAAUUUACCUCUUAUGCCUUAAAAUGCUUUCCUUUUCUAAUUUUCUGUGACUCGCAUGGAUUGUUUCCCAGCAAAAAUUUGUAAAAAUAAGGAAUAAGAAUAAAAAAUUAUUAUUUAUACCCUGCCCAUCUGGCUGGGUUUUCCCAGCUAUUCUGGGCUCCUCCCACAAAAAUAUUAAACAGAAUAAAACUUCAAACAUUAAAAACUUCCCUAAACAGAUGUCUUCUAAAGAUCAGAUAGUUGUUUAUUUCCUUGACAUCUGGUGGGAGGGCAUUCCACAGGGUGGGUGCCACCACCGAGAAGGCCCUCUGCCUGGUUCCCUGUAACCUCAUGUCGCAGUGAUGGACCCGCCAGAAGGCCCUGGAUGCUGGACCUCAGUGUCUGGGCUGAACGAUGGGGGUAGAGAUGCUCCUUCAGGUAUACUGGACCAAGGCUGUUCAGGGCUUUAAAGGUCAGCAUCAACACUUUGAAUUGUGGUUGGAAACAUACUGGGAGCCAAUGUAAGUCUUUCAGGACCGGUGUUAUGUGGUCUUGGUGGCCACUCCCAGUCACCAGUCUAGCUGCCACAUUCUGGAUUAGUUGCAGUUUCCGGGUUACCUUCAAAGGUAGCCCCAUGUAGAGUGCACUGCAGUAGCUGAAGUGGGAGAUAACUAGAGCAAGGGGGAGAGGACGGAACCCUGAGGCACCACACACCCAGGGGUCCGAACACUCAUCCGCCAACAUCACUUUCUGAACACUUUCUGAAUGUUUUUAAAAGGAGUAUCUGCUAUCAAACUCUGUUGGAUAGAAUAUUUUGCACCAAAUAUGUCUGACAAGUGCUCUAAUGGGACAGCCUUUUAAAAUAUUAAACUAAGGGACAGGGUUUUUUUAUAUAAAAAAGCAAAACAAUAAAACAUCAGCCUGAGUACAAUGAAUUCAACCUCUGAUUUCUCUCAUACUUGCUAGGAAUCAUGGCUAUAUCACAUACCAUCUGAGUCUUUCCAGAAUGAGCUCUGCAUGAUCAGAGGAGAGACACAUCCUACCCUGUUUGAUGUAUAAGAAAAAGAGGAACCAGAUCUUCACAAAGUUAUCCUAUUUUUCCCACUAUGUCUUUCUCCCUGAUGAUAAUGCUACCUGCCACAUGAAUAAAACCUGCAUGGUAUACUUUCCUACCAUCUUCCAAUGCUUUGCUCUCUUCAUAUAUGCUGCUACUAGGAGGUGCAGCCACCAGGUCCUUGCAAAUAAUUGACACCCCCCCUUACAUUCUUUUACCUGCUGAAUUUAAGAGAUAACCCUAAGAUUGCAAUCCCAUACAAACUUACUUAGCGAUAAGGCCCACUGAAAUUCAUGUAACUUUUUAAAGACAGUGGAAGUCUUUAAAAGCAGAUGGACAAACUUUUUGUCGGUUUAACCUUUGGAUGAUACAUUCACUUGUUAAAGUAGGAGGACUGGUAAAAGAAACCGGAGACUUUUCUGCAAGUGGACAAACUUGGACUUUAAACUUUAGUGCUCUACUAUGCCAGCUCAGAGCUAGGAUCAACAGAUAAUUGGCUGUAUGUAACAGAGAUGGGGGAAGGGGGAUAAGGCCCACAGUUGGGGAACAGCCAUACUUGCAUUUUCUGCUUCUCUUUCUCACAUAUGCACACUGCCUUAAAUUAUGGAAGAUAUGCACUUGAGUACAGGAGAGGUCAGCACAGUGUUUUAAGAGCUUUAAAAAACAAAAGCAAAAGGUUGCCCAAAUUGUGAGCUGCUGGUGGUGUGUCUUGUUUUGCUCUACACACUUCAGACACUUUUUCACUGUGGUGAUGCAACAGACAUUCUUUUUCAUGGACUUAGCCAGGAUUUUUUGGGGGGGCAGGCAUUUUGUUAGGGGGUGCAGAACCUCAGUUAGCUAUGUAUUUUUAUUGAUUUUGGGGGUAGCUGCCCCUCCCUGUCUACACCCAUGUUCGUUUUAGAAGUUCACAAAGUAGCAUGGGGGGAAAGAGUCACUUGUCACCAGUCUUAAAAUGACACACAUCCUAUCAACUGCAAUCAAUGUGCUAGUGAACAGAUUGUGUGUCAGGUGUGGAAUGAUGGGAAAAGGUGAAAUUUAUUUGCCACAUUUCUAUCCCACUUCGUCUCCAAUGAGCUCAAGGUGGCACAAGUGGUUCUCCUCCUCUCUUUUUUAUCUUCACAACAACACUGUGAGGUAGUUUAGGCUGAGAGGCUUUGAGUGGCCCCAGUAAGCCUCAUGGCUGCGCAGGGAUUUUAACCCUAGUCUUCUAGCCCAACACUCUGGAAGCUAAAUUGAGGGGCAAAUACCUGGCUCCCCUGCACCAAGGACAUACCCUCCAACAUUUCUCACAUGAAAAUAGGGAUGUCCCAUUCCAUAAUGACAAUUUUACUAGUUUUAACCCACACAUCUUACUGGGUUGCCCCAGCCACUCUGGGCGGCUUCCAACAUACAUGAAAACAUGGUUAAAACAUUAAACAUUUUAAAAAACCACUUCCCUUUACAGGGCUGCCUUCAGAUGGCUGGGGGGUUGGGGUUGGAUAAUGCCAUACCCUCCAACAUUUCUCCAAUGAAAAUAGGGACAACCUAAGGAAAAGUGGGACAUUCCGGGAUCAAAUCAGAAACCUGGACAUCAGAAAAUAGGGACACUUGGAGGGUCUGAAAGGAUACGACUGACUGCCCUUCUGUAUUUAAGUAUGGAAAGGCUCUUCAGAGGAGCAGAACCACCAGCGGAGAUAUGGAUGCAGAGUUAUUAUGUGACGGAGUAAGAACGUCCAUAGGAUUCCAGCUGCUCCAAGAUAGGGGGCUCGAUCCGCAGCUCCAGCCCUAGCGCAUUCCGCGGCGUUCGCUUCUUCCUCGGGAGGAUCAGGGACUGCAGCCCUGGGGUGGUCGAUGCAGUAGGUCUCCUUCCACCCCACCUGCCCCACAGGCCCUCCUACCCUGAAGGUACAAAAGAGCCUUGGCGCUUUAACGGAGAGCAAGGCAUGGGGGAGACGCUGCCCCUCCGGCUCCUCUGUAGCCAAGCGAUU